AGACAUUCACGUGCGGUACACGUUCGAUAGUAUCGCUUAAGAAUCGCCCAACGUUCCAGCACUAAUUGUUUUUUAAGGCCCGCAAAAAUGGACAUCGGCGAACUGCUGGCGUUUAAGCCGGAACAGACGCCAAAGCGUCCGCACGACGACGAGGACGACGACUUCGAUUUGGCGAGCUCGCACGGAAAACGGGGCGGUGUCGAUGAGAAAACCAAACGCAUGCGGCGCAUCGCCGAAGCCAAGGAGUCCGCACACUAUGUCAAGCAAAGUGGAGGAGCCACCGGUGGCAGCGGCACCUCCGCCUUCGAAUUCGAUCCGGAACUGACGGAGGAGGAGCGCCUGAACAUCCUGAAGUACGUGGAGAACGAGGAGGCCGAUGGCGAUGUUCUGGAUGAGCAGAGCCUGAAGAAACUGAUACUGGUGUUCGAGAAGCGGAACUUGAAGAACCAGGAGAUGCGCAUCAAGUUCGCCGACAGUCCCGAAAAGUUCAUGGACUCGGAGGUGGAGCUGCACACGGUAAUCCAGGAGCUGAAGGGCGUGGCCACGGUGCCCGAUCUGUAUCCAAUCCUCGUGGAGCUGCACGGCCUGCACAGUUUGCUGGAACUGCUGGCACAUCAGAACACAGACAUAGCCGUGGCCGUGGUAGAUCUGCUGCAGGAAGUGACCGAUGUUGAUAUCCUGGGCGAAAGUCAAGAGGGUGCCGAAUCCUUGAUCGAAGCGCUGAGAAAAGAGCAAAUUUGUGCUCUGCUUGUCCAGAAUCUGGAGCGACUGAACGAACAGGUUAAGGAGGAGGCCGACGGCGUGCACAAUACGCUGGCCAUAGUGGAGAACCUUACCGAAAUCGAUUCGGAAUUCGUGAAGGAAGCCGCUGAACAGGGACUGCUCGCCUGGCUGCUGAAACGCCUGCGCGGCAAGUCGCCCUUCGAUCCCAACAAACUGUACUGCAGCGAGAUACUUUCCAUACUUAUACAAACGGAGAACGAAAACCGAUUACUGCUGGGCUCUCUGGAUGGCGUGGAUGUGCUGCUCCAGCAGCUGGCUGUCUACAAGAGACACGAUCCCGCCAGCAACGAGGAGCAGGAGUAUAUGCAGAACCUCUUCAAUUGCCUUUGUUCCGCCUUGAUGGCCCGCGAGAAUCGCGAUCGUUUCCUCAGCGGCGAGGGUCUGCAGCUGAUGAACCUAAUGCUGCGCGAGAAGAAGAUGUCCAGAAAUGGAUCGCUUAAGGUUUUGGAUCAUGCCAUGGCUGGCCAAGAUGGCAGAGACAAUUGCAACAAGUUUGUCGAGAUUCUCGGCUUGCGCACCAUUUUCCCACUCUUCAUGAAAACGCCCAAGCGCAACAAGCAGCGCCUGAUCUCCGCCGAUGAGCACGAGGAGCAUGUGGCCUCCGUGAUCGCAUCAAUGCUGCGAAACUGCAAGGGCACACACCGCCAGCGAAUGUUGGCCAAGUUCACGGAGAACGAUCACGAGAAGGUGGAUCGCCUGCUGGAGCUGCACCUCAAGUAUCUGGCCAAGGUGGAGGCCAUAGACAAGGAGAUCGAUCAGCAGGCUAAGGAUCCCAGCAUUGAUGAGGACGAGGAGGCGGAGAAUAACUAUAUAAAACGACUGACCGGCGGUCUGUUCACGCUGCAGCGCAUCGACUACAUCCUGCUGGAGGUCAGUGCCACUGGCGACACCGUCAAGCAGCGUGUACUGCAGAUCCUUAACUUGCGCGGCGCAUCCAUGAAGACCAUUCGCAGCAUUAUGAGGGAAUAUGCUGGCAACCUGGGCGACGGCGACACCGACUGGCGGGAACAGGAGCAGACCCACAUAUUAUCUCUAGUCGAUCGUUUCUAAGGCUCAACACAGAAUAAACAAAACAUAAAUAUGA